AAUAAAAUGUCCACGGACACUUUAAAUGUAUCUCGUAGAAAACUGAACGAUGCUUUAGGUGAAAAGUCAACAAAAUACUUCAAUCACAUGAAACAAUGGUUCCGGAUGAAACUAACCAAAGAAGAGUUCGACACAGAAGCCCGCGCUUUAUUGAGCCCCGACCAAGUGCAUUAUCACAACGAAUUCUUACUCGCAUUACUAAACAAAGUUGAAGGUUUGGCAGAAACUUCGAUAACAAUUGCUCAAGAAAAGGCUAAUUCACAUAACAGAAAUAGCAGACGGAAUAAGAGAAAUUCUCGCACAUCAGAGAAAACAAACUUUGAGCCUGCCGAGUUAUUGGAGUAUUUGCCACCAACUUCGCCCCCAGGAGCGGGUAGUGAUGGAGUCAAGUAUGCAACUCAGGAAGUAUUUCUCCCAGACCAUGCCCUGGUUGUGGGUCGGUUUAUGUUAGCAGCCUGGGAACUGGGUUUAGAAGGAGCGGAUGAUGAUGCAGCAGAUAUUAUAGUGGUUGCCGUUCAAAAUUUCCUCAAAAACAUUAUAAGUACAGUGGUUUCACAGAGAAAGGGUUACAAGUUAAGAAAUGAAAGAUUUUUGUACGAUAUUGGUGGGGAUAUGCCAAAUAUGUGGCUGCGUAACAGUAAUAAGCUAUAUGAUCCUCAAAAUUAUGGAAGGGUUCAUCUUGAUGACAGUAUGGAUGCCUUAGGCCCGAGGUGUCCACCCACUAUUGAUGAAGUUGAACAUUCAACGGCAUUUGAAAUAGCAUGCAGUUCACAAACUGCGGAGCCAAACGACGAGAAGUUAACCAUUGACGAGUUUUAUAAUACUUUAUUGAUUCAUAAAAAUGUUAUAGCGUGCCAUUCUGUGUAUGCUGUCAAUAUGGAGAGAUUAGCUGUUAUGUUAAAUCAUCCUAGUUAUUAAGUGAAUAUAACUUUAAAGAAUAAUAAAAACUUAAUUAUAAA